AUGCAAAGAACAACAUCAUGCAAUAAUAUUCAGAGUAGGAAACAGAGAACCUCGGACAGAGCAGGAAUUCCUAGUCUUUGCAUUAUGGCAGAGAACUUGGACCGAAGACUCUGUUUUUCUUCUUCGGUAGAUUCUCCAAAGUACACGACAUCCUCUAAACUCAAAGAUCCAGAUUUCAAAGCAUUGUCCCACAGUAAGAACACCUCACAAACCUGUAACAUACAAGCUAUCACAAACCAAUCAAGUGCCAGCUCACACAGAUAUCUACCCAUGGCGUAUCUUGGAGGAUGGUCAAAAGCGAUGACUUGUAUGAACAUGAGGAUGCUGCUCCCAAAAGGUCAGGACUUACAAUACGCAGUUUUGCAUACAAUUUUGGGAAAGCCUUCAGAAGACGCUCAUCAUUAA